CCGUCCGAAAAUGUCACAUGUACGAGGCAGACUAUUUCUUUAGAUACCGGAUUGUACUUCUAACCUCCUUUACUUUUACUCUGUUUCAGCAAACACCACAGCGUUCAAGAUGGAGACCAUUUCAGACAUGGCAGCUGCACCCAACGCCUAUGCCCGCGCUACGGAAACGGCCAAAUACGUACGCUCACAAUUGCCAGAAGCACUGCAAUACCCCAAGGUAGCCAUCGUGUGUGGCUCUGGAUUAGGAGGACUUGCCGAGACGAUUGAAUCAGAGCCAAAGGUCGAAUUGGCUUAUGGAACGAUUCCCAACUUUCCAAAGAGUACUGUCGUAGGACAUGCUGGAAAGUUUGUGUUUGGGCACAUUGGACCCCAGAAGACGCCUGUCGCGCUUCUUGUUGGACGAGCACAUUUCUAUGAGGGACAUUCGAUGGACCUGGUUACAUUCGCCACGCGAGUGUGCAAACUGCUCGGUGUCGAAACCAUGAUCGUCACAAACGCAGCUGGUGGUCUUAACCAGACUUACCGCGUAGGAGACAUUGUUUGCUUGAACGACCAUCUCAACAUGGCUGGACUUGUCGGCAUUCAUCCUCUGCGUGGCCCUAACAUCGAGGAGUUUGGCGUUCGUUUCCCACCUCUAUCAGAUGCCUAUGACCUCGACCUGAGGGUGCGGACGCACAAGGCCUGGGCAAAACUAGGGCUGGAUAAGCAGCAACGAAAGCUACAUGAGGGCGUUUACGCAUUUGUAGCAGGACCAACUUAUGAGACUCGGGCAGAAUGCCGAAUGCUCAGUACGCUGGGGGCUGACGUUGUGGGUAUGUCAACUGUACCCGAGAUCAUCGUCGCCAGACACGCUGGAAUGCGCAUUCUGGCAUUCAGUCUAGUAACAAACGUUGCUGUUCUCGAGGCAGGCGCCCGCGGAAAUGAUGCAGCAAUUCAGUCGAUGAACAGGGCGGAACUGACCGAGCAUCUAAGUCAAGGCAAGGCAAACCACGAGGAGGUGCUGGAAGCCGGACGAGAGGCAGCCAAGGACAUGCAGGCUUUGGUCAAGGAGAUAUUGUCCGAUCUCCACAGUCAGUAGCAAGGGUAGCAGUCGCGGGAGGCUAUAGCACCAGACGUCAGCGUGCCUUUCCCUGCGAUCAACGCGGGUAGGCAUAGCACCAAGAAGGUGACCCGAUAUCCAGAAUAGAAUAUAGCAUCCAUCCAGUUGGCCAGAGCACGAACCAAUCUGGCAUCUAUUGAGCCAGAAUGUGGCCAGGCAGAUCUCAAGGCUUGACGACCUUGCCUUUGUUUCGCUUUGCCUU